UCAGAACCAGGCAUGCUGUCCAUGCUGCGCAGGAUAUUUCGGAGGGAGAAUAGAAUACAGACAGAGAUCAGGCCUAGGCAGAAGAGGCAGAAAGAGGCUGGUCUUCUGUCUUAUUGGGAAACAAGAAGGAAGAAAUGGUCAUGGGGAAGGCACAGGUCUGAUGGGAAGGUGUCAUCACAAGUCUCCACCAUCAAUGAGGAGGAGCAGAGAAUGAAGAGGUUGGACAAGCUCAAAAGGGAUCUCCAGAAGAUGGAAAAUGAGAGAAAUGAACUCCGGGGAAUCCUGGCCAAUUAUACUAACAAGGACUUGAACGACAGGAACAACUUUGAGAAGUUCAUGCUUACGAUGCAAUACCACCAAAUGAUGACUGACCUCAAGAAAAUGCCACAAGAGAUCAGUGAAGCCUUGUCCAAGAUCCAGGAACUGACUAAAGAAAAUCACUCAUACUGGAUCAAUAAUUGCCAACUCCUAAGUGAAUAUAACCAUGAAAAGCACAAAGUCAAGAUGUUGUGGACUGAGAAAAGGGAACUGCUACAGGAGCAGAUUGCACUGGAAGAAGACAGCAAGCUAACAAACAUUUUGUGUAUAAAAGGCUGCGAGGUUUUGAAUGACGCCUGUCCCAAGCAGUAUCAGAGGCCUAUGCCCGAUACUCGGUACCAUGGCAGCACGGGGGCUCUCAGGUUUCUCUAUUCCCUGUCCUAUUAUCUCUACAAGUUUACUAGUGUUGAUCUACCUACAGGGUCUGUUGGGAAGGUAUCAUCACAACCAUCCAACAUCAAUGAGGAGGAGCAGAGAAUGGAGAAUUUGGACAAACUCCAUAAGAUGGAAAAUGAGAGAGACAAACUCCAGGAAAACCUGGCCCAUUACACUAACCAGGAUUUGAAUGACAGGUAG